AAGGACCAAUCGGGCGACGACAGCCGGCUUUUGGAAGGCAACCGGUCGAGACAAGGCGAUUCUCUCCAAGGAGAGAAUUAUAGGGAUGAGAAAGACUUUGGUCUUCUACAAAGGCCGAGCACCAAACGGGAGAAAAACCGAUUGGAUCAUGCACGAAUAUCGUCUCCAAACAUCUGGGGUCGGACCCUCUCAGGAAGAAGGAUGGGUCGUUUGUCGCGCAUUCAAAAAGCCAAGCCCGAGCCACAAGCAAGGCUUCGAAGCUUGGAACAACGCUUACUACAUUAGAAACAAUGCCGAUGCCUACAAGCACCCAUCAUACCCGAGCACCCCGAAUCUCUUGCCUAAUUGCGAUCCGGCCCUUGAUCAAGCUGCGAAUUUCAAAUCAACCCCAUUAUUUUCGGGUGCCACUAAAUCUCUCCAAGGCCCGUUCGAGAGCCAAAUGGUCGAGCUACCAAAGCUCGAUAGCCCAAGCUUUACGACAAAUGAUAGUAGCUUCGAGCAUAGUGUUAUGGCCGAUGAGGAGAUUGAAAACGAGACGGGUAGUUUUGGAAAUCAAUUUUACGACGAUUGGAGGAGCUUCGACAAGAUGAUUGCUCCUCAAGUCGUGGGGUCAUCGUCGCCUUACAUUUAUCCAAACGCGCCCUUAGUUUCGAAUGGCGACGUGAUGGAUGCUCAUAGCCAUUUUAGUAAUGUGCUCGAAUGCUUU